UUUUCAGCUAAUAAAAAUUCCUUCGCACAAGAUCCGGUGAUGUGGGACAACCCCCGCAGCGGGAAAUGCAACAAACCCAACGUUAUAUACCGUCUGUAUCUGAUCUAUAUGGAACGGACGAGAUAGAACUACUACUGGACGAGAUACGUGAACUGGAGCCGGUCUGCUGUCAGCUGGACGAUGAACAGGAUUUUGAAAUAGCUGGCAGCAGGGCCGGAGAGCUAUCAUUAUCCUUGGAAUCGCCACUGGGUACGUGCACGUCGUGGGACUCGCACGCCAAUUAUAAACAGCGUAUCGCCCAAACGCCACUGCCAUGGGGUGUAGCCCUACACUGUGAUCCGCAACAUUUGAAAACGCCCACGGGGAUCGUAAGAAUAUUAUUGGUGUUGUCUUCAGCAGCCUGUCUGGCCUGUGAAUGCUCGGCUGGAACAGUACAAGUUGGUCUCUUUUUACUGCCACUCAUCGGACGCCUCAGAUUGAUGGUGUUCUGUGCCCUGUUUUCCCUUUUGAUCACAUGCCUCAUGUUGUUUCUUGACAUUUCACAUAUAGCUCUAAUGUUUCCCUUCAAUUGGACAAAAAUUAAUACAUGGAUGUACCUGAGUAUUGGUUUAAUAUUAAUUUUGAGCUCGACAUUAAUAAUGCACAUGGUGCUCUUUGCCGGAGAGUACACUCUAGUACCGAAAUACACCAAAGAUACACUAUUUGCAUCGGCGAUAUUAGGUUAUAUCUGUGCCAUUGAAUCGUUAUUAUUGUCUGGUAUUGCUUCCUGGCCAUGGUCACAAUAUCGUCAUGUGCCCGACGAUGGUAGUGAUAUGUAUAUUGAGGAUCGUGAAAUGACACCGAUGAGUCCAAUCGAUAGUACGGAUGUGCCGAAUCGUGAUCAAUUACAGUUACAACUACAGCAGCAACAAUCUCAAAAUCACAAUAAUUGUAAUAAUAGCGUAACAGCGCACAGUGAAACGAAUCAUCACAAUCAACACAAUAAUCGUACAAUAUCAUCACCAACGUCCUAUAAUAAUCAAAAGCCUUAUAUACCUGCCAAAAGACCCAAUGAAAUAAAUAAUCAAAGACCAACACUGGGUCACACACAACCAACCCGUAAACCGAAUCAGCGUUAUCGUGAGGGUUACCACUAUCAACCUGUUGCGUCUACGUCCCGCCAGAGUCCCACAUUCGUCUUAGGCGAUGAUAUUGGGGCCGGUCCAUCCACAUCCCGAUCCAAUGAUAAUUCUAGUGCGUGAUAGUUUUUAUUCCUCAUUAUAAGAUUAAUAUAUACAUAUAAUUUUUUUAGAAAAA